AUGGCGACCAUGCUGCCCCCUCAGCUACCAGCUUAUUCGCUGAGAGUACAACUGUUCUCGCCCACCGUGCUUACGACUUCAGAUCGACCUGUUCGACUAUUCAGAGUGGUGACUAAACCAGACGCAACGGUGUGGGAGUUUUGCGAAGAAGCUUCGCGCAUUCAUGAAAUCAAUUAUGGAGACCCACUCAAUAUCAAGAAGUGCCAGGAUGAAGAGGGAUUUGAUAUCACAGGCAGUGAGAUAGUGGGCAAUCUUUUUACAAACACUGCGACGAUCCGUAUCAUUCAAGCUGCCACCCAUCCUACCAUUCGCGAUUCUGUUCCCCCGACUUCAGCUUUGCGAUACAAUCAUUCCCUCGAUCUGAAUAAGUCGAAACUAGGCAAACGAGCGAGAGAGUCAAGCGUUGCACGAAGAAGCGCAAGUCCUGCGAGUGCACCAAGGUCGAAAAAGAGACAGAAGGUUGCAGCACCCGAUCCAGACCAACCCCUCCCGUCCCGAGAAAGUGCAAUACUGGCAGCGGAGAACAAGGUCCCAGUUGGACACAUCCGAGGAACAAACAUCAUACCCAGCUCCCAGGACUCUGUCGAUCUAGACAGCAGCGACAGGAACCCUCCUAUACCACGAACCAUGAGAAAUAACAGCCAUUUUGAAGUUCCUGGGACACCGUCACCAUCCCCCUCUCCUCCAGAAGUGCGCCCCCUUGUUCCUAGUCAAACUGAGGCUCGGAAGCGACAGUCUGCGACUCGUCAAACGAAUAGACCAUCCAAUGUCGAACCACCAAACGAAAGCAGAGUACAACAAGGUGAAACGGCUGUACGAGGGCAAUCGGCAGUUUCAAAUCCUCCACGAUCGAAAAGUGCCAGUUAUCAUAUUGCACGGGCGACUCAACGGGGGACAUCAGUAUCAACUGCGGCUACCAGUCCUCUGUUUGAACAGGUAGCUACUGCCAAUGCCACUUCCAACGGUGCCACAGUCAAUGGAACAGCCAGAAAACGCUCUGAGUCCGUGAAUAAUGCUCAUCUGGGUUCAGCUGAGAACUCAGCAGCCAAGCCUGCGGCAAGUAGCAGUAAGAAGAGCCCUCUGCACGUUCAUGAUCAAAGUAUAUAUGACGUUGUCCCGUCAGACAACGAUGAAGCGAUAGCAACAAUCUUAAACUCGAAGAAAGCUGGAUUGAAGAUGCGACAGAGUCCGAAGAAUGGCCUUCCGGGUCUGAGCUUUGUCAAGGGUAAGCUCAAUACACCCCCAAGCGUGCCUCGACGUGCUUCGGGCUCUGGAGGCCAAGGCUCUGUCGGGUCACCUGGAGAAUUGCCUUUAACGCCACGGAGCAAAGUUCGUUCUGACAAGGAGCGCCAAGAAGCUGCCGAUGUUAAGAGGGCGAAGACAUUGGCAGCUCAAGCAGCGGAGCAAAGAAGAAAAGAAGAGAAGGAAAAGAAAGCUGCUGAAGCCACGAGAAUUGCUGAGGAAGAGAGAGCGGAGAGAGAAGAAUUGGAAAGACUCGAGGUUGAGGACCUUCGAAGGGCGCAGGCAGAGCAAGCUAAGUUUGUGGAGGUUAACCGUCUGAAGAAGGAACGAGAGGAGCUUGAGGCGCGUCAGAAGCAGGAAGCCGAGGAACGAGAACGUAUGGAAAACGAGAGGAUUCUCAAACAGCAGCAAGCGAGAGAAGCGAAGGAAAAGAAGGACCGGGAACAAAAAGCCGAACAGGAAAGAAUUGAGAAAGAGAACAUACUCAAGCAGCAGCAAGAAAGAGAAGCUAGAGAGAAGAAAAAUUUGGAUGCAAAAGCUGAGCAGGAAAGACUUGAGAAGGAGAAUGCUGAAAAGGAGCGCGUCGAACAAGAGAGAUUGAAAAGUGAAAACGCUAAGCGAGCUCGUGAAAGCGAGAGCCCUGCUCUUCCAAAGAAAUCCGCUGCAUCGCGAAGUAAUAGCAUGAAAUCUGCCUCUCCUCAAGUGGUUUUGCCGCAAGAGUCGCGAAAUCAAAUUAAAAGGUCAACAUCAGGCACGCCGGGUCGGCACAGAGCUUCGUCUUCUACAGCAUUCAUUCCGAGCACUAGAAAAUCUUCUCUCAAGGGCGGUGCUAUCCUUCCGUCUAGCUCACCAUCUCGGGAAAUUAAGUCUCCGAUCCCAACAUCUGCUGGAACUGGAAUUGAAGCCCAAAUGCCCCUCCCAAAACCCAAAGACAGACGAAUCUCUUUUGCUUCAGAUACAAAAUCGGAUACUCCGACAAAGCCUGUUGCCCCACUCAAGGUCCCAAAUUCCAGCUCUCAAAACUCAGUCACUCCUAAAUCAGACAAUGCUACACCUUCAGCCUCUUCUACUCGUAAACGGAAUCCGCAAAUCACUAAAAUCGUUCCCCCUCAAAAACAGUCACACUCACCCAUCCCUCCACCGCGCGUUGGACUUUUCAAGGAAAGAAGCGCUACCCCGGUUGUCCCGCCAAAGAAGACGCCAUCUCCAGCACUCGAUGCAAAAGCUUCCCUCCAACCUACGAAGCCACCUGUCAAGGGAACACCCACGUCAGCUCCAGCAAUUCCGAAGGCUAGCGCCAAUUCGAAAGAGCCUGCUGCUCCCACUAACGACAAGCAGACGGUGAACAUAUCAUCAGACUCGGAGUCAGAGUCAGAGUCAGAGUCAGAGUCGGAAGCUGGAUCUGAAUCUGGCUCGGAGUCGGGUGAUGAUGAAGAAGACGAGCCAAAAGUUGAGAGUGAGCCAAAGGCUGACGCUUCGGACGAGUUAAAAACCUUGAAACCAACAAUUACUGAAGAGUUGCCUGAAACAGUCGUUCCGGGUGAGGACUCAUCCGAUGAUGAAUCCGAAGAGGACAUUCCAGCUGUAGUCACACCUGAAAAAUUGGCAGCCCGAGCUGAACGGCUGAGCCGAUCCCCUAGUGUGAAGAAGUCUUCGGCAGAGUUGACUAAAGCGGCAAAUGGCGACGACGAGGAGGAGGAGGAGCCUGAGGAGGAAGAAGUAGACCACACAAGCAAUGCAUCGUCUAUACGCGAGGCAAGUAGGUCGCCCAUAAUAUUUAGUCAGCAUCCACGGACAGCCCACGGAGGAAGGCCGAAACGAGCAGCAUCCGUUAUAUCUGAUAAUAGCUCCAAGGGGCCAGAAGCUCAGGAAGAUGAUAUGCCUGACGCUCAGGUUGAGCACUUAGACUCUGAAUCUGAAGAAGAAAAGGAUGCAGAUCAGUCAUCUGAUGAGGAAAUGGUAGAUGCACCCACUGAAGUCGCAACCACACAAGCAGAAGAUGCAAACAACGCCGAGAGCUCGUCAAGUGAGGAUGACGAAGAAAAGCAUGUCCCUGAGUCGAGUCCCCAGUUACCACAACAUAAGCAGCUCCCAAAAAAGCCCACUACCAGCUCGGAUGAAAACAGAAGUAAGGAUUACACCAAAAGAGACAGUGGGGACACUCAAGACGAACUAGCACAGCAGCUGACUUCUGACGUGUAUGAAGCACGACCAAGUGUAGUUUCGAGUUCGAUCAAAUACCCUCCUACCUCGAGUAUGGUUCAAUCAUCUCGGCCCCCGCCCGCAAUGAAGUUCGGAGCUAGUUUAAAGCAACUUCAUGCCUCACAGCCGAGGGUUCCGUCAUCGACUCGAAGUAGUGUUACAGGAGCUCGUGCAGCUCCCAAAACACUAAAUGAGCAAUUCGAGCAAGAAACGUCUCAAGAUGAGAGUGACGAUUCAUCAUCUUCGUCGUCGGAAGAAAGUGAAAAGGAGCGUGCACCUUCGAAAUCGAUUCCACCGCUUUCACAGACAACAAGCACGAAGAAAGCGAAACCUGCUAUGCCCGACUCGGACUCGGACUCGGACAGCUCAGUCAAAUCCAUAGACGAGGAAACUCGCCUUCUUAACGAGUCGAGGGCAAAAAUUCAACGCGACACGAAGAUCAAUCUCAACAUGAAAAACAGUAUCCCGAGGAGCUCACAACCAUCACAAUCUCAGCGGCCAAAACCAGGCUAUGGCAAAGCUACCCCCAAGAAAAAAGACCCCUACAUCACUGGCUACAAAUUUUCUCAGCCGCGGUGA